AUGAUACAGGGACUUUGUGGUAUAGGAGCCUACUAUUGCGAUGCGCCAUCCUGUCUCUUUCAGUAUGGCCCGGCUUGUGAUGCCAACCAGACCCCCUCAGGACUGAAUACCUCAUCUGUCCCAAGACCAAAGAUCGGCGACGUUCCAUACGGGGUCAGCAUCCGAGCUUGCAAUGUACCCGGCAAGGUUGCUCUCACAUUCGACGACGGGCCAUACAUCUACACCUCGGAUCUAUUAGACAUACUCAAAGCGCGAGGAGUCAAAGCGACCUUCUUCCUCGUCGGCAACAACGGCGGCAAGGGCCAAAUUAACGAUCCCAAGACCGGAUAUCCCUCUCUCAUCCGACGAAUGUACAAUGAGGGUCAUCAAAUCGGCAGCCAUACAUGGAGCCAUCAAGAUUUGUCGACCCUCACCCAAGGCCAACGAUACGAUCAAAUCAUCAAGAACGAGAUAGCCAUCAGUGAUAUCCUGGGGUUCUUUCCGACGUAUCUACGACCGCCAUACAUGUCUUGUAACACAGAUUGCCUGGCAGACCUACGUGACCUUGGAUAUCACGUAGUCAAUUAUAAUAUUGACACACUGGACUGGCAGGAGAACUACUCCAACAGCCAGAAUAUCUUCAAGUCUGCGCUACAGUCCGGAAACCCAAAGACAAACAGCUUCAUCUCCAUAGCGCACGACAUUCACAAUCAUACCGUUCACGAUUUCGUCCCUUUGAUGAUUGAUUAUCUGCAAGCGCAAGGGUACACGACGGCGCUCUAUGGAGAAUGUCUGAAUGAUCCUCCUUCGAAUUGGUAUCGUUACCCAUCAGUAGCAUCAUUAGCUACGAAACCUACCACAUCCAUCAGUGCUUCUCCUAGUAGCACUCACAGCACCAGUCAAACGGCUACGCCCACAGUAGCAGAAGGUGGAGAAAGCGCUUUUGGAAGCCGCACAGGAGAUCGAACGACCACAACCCAGGGCAUUGAAGGCACUGCUGUGGCCAUUAUCUCAAAUUCCAUGUCAGAAGGAUUCAAAGGAUACGGCGUGACAGUACUUGGACUAUUGGCGAUUCUGGGGGGCCAUUUGAUGUGGACUAUGAGCUCUCAACAAUAG